CCAAAGACCCCCCUCUCCCCCGCCCAGACGCCCCUUCGCAGCCCCAGGCAGAGAGACGGGCUCCUCCUCCCGGACACGGGUUCCCCCUUCACACGCACACGCGCCCAGUCCCGGGUUCUGGGUCCGGCUUCCUCCCUGCCCCCCCCCGAAGGGGAAGCUCUGCGCCUGCGCGACGCCCCGGGCUCCUCCGCAGGGAGAGAGAAGGGUUAAGGGGAGCCGAGCUGGCUUCCUAGAGAGGACAGGAAAGGAAGGCGGGCCGCUCCUCCUCCUCCUCCUCCCCUCUGACGUCCCUUCCGGGCAGAGCGGCCUCGCCUUCGCCUGCCGGGCUCUGGAUUUGCUGCAGCUUGCAUUACGACACACAGAACUUGGCAGAGGACCAAGGGGCUCCUUCCGAUCUCUUGGAGACUUCCUGGGAGCCCAGAUGGAGGAGCAAGACUCAGCUGGCCCUGAAGCAGGAAGAGGCCAUGCCAUGGAAACUGGGAACAGUGGGGAAUUCUGGGAAAACUCUGUGAAGAAGGAACUGGGUGAGGAGGACACCCCUUGCUCAGAGGUGCAGAGCCAGCAGCUCAGUGAGUUCUUCUACCAGGAGGCCAAAGGACCCCGAGAGGUUUGCAGCCAACUCUACCACCUUUGCCGUCAAUGGCUGAAGCCAGAAAGGCACACGAAAGCUGAGAUGCUGGACCUGGUGAUCUUGGAGCAGUUCCUGGCUGUCCUUCCUCUGGAGGUGGAGAGCUGGGUGAGGGAAUGCGGAGCGGAGACCAGUUCCCAGGCAGUGGCCCUGGCCGAAGGUUUCCUCCUGAGUCAGGCAGAGGAGAGGAAGCAGGCAGAGCAGCAGAGGAAGGAUCUUUUGGCAGAAAUGGGUCUUGAUUCUUCUGAGGCAGAGAAGACUCCGCUGGACGCCAGAGUGAGGCCUCUGGGAGACGGAAUGAUGCCACCAAGACCUGCUCCCUCAUCUUUUCAUGGUGGUGGAGGGGAGGCAGCAGCUGUGGACCCAGAUCAGGGUCCAGUGUGCUUUGAAGAUGUGGCUGUCCAUUUCACAGACGAGCAGUGGGCGUUGCUGGAUCCUGACCAGAGAGCUCUGCAUCAGGAGGUCAUGGAGGAGAAUCGUGGGAUCUUGGACUCUCUUGGUGGUGAUGAAUUGGAAAUGAAGAACAAGGGAGACCACAACAAAAUCCACACAGUGGAGGAGCCAUAUCAGGUUUCAGACUGUGGAAAGAGCUUCAGUCAGAGCCCCCAUUCCACUUCCCAUCAAAGAAAUCCCCUUGAGAAGAAACACUAUCAGUGCUUGGAGUGUGGAAAGAGCUUCACCAGGAAAGAAAGUUUCACUUCCCAUCAAAGAAUUCAUACAGGGGAGAAACCUUAUCAGUGCUUGGAAUGUGGAAAGAGCUUUAGUCAGUGCUCCCAUCUCAUUGCCCAUCAAAGAAUUCAUACAGGGGAGAAACCCUAUCAAUGCUUAGAAUGUGGAAAGAGCUUCAGUCGAAAGGACAGUUUCACUUGCCACCAAAGAAUUCAUACAGGGGAGAAACCCUAUCAGUGCUUGGAAUGUGGAAAAAGCUUCACCUGGAAAAUAAGCUUCAUUUCCCAUAAAAGAAUUCAUACAGGAGAAAAACCCUAUCAAUGCUUGGAAUGUGAGAAGAGCUUCAGUCGAAAGGACAAUUUCACUUCCCAUCAAAAAAUCCAUACAGGGGAGAAACCCUAUCAGUGCUUGGAAUGUGGAAAGAGCUUCACCAGGAAAGAAAGUUUCACGGUCCAUCAAAGAAUCCAUACAGGGGAGAAACCUUAUCAGUGCACGGAAUGUGGAAAGAGCUUCAGUCACAGCUACCAUCUCACUUCUCAUCGUAGACUUCAUACAGGGGAGAAACCAUAUCACUGUGCAGAAUGUGGAAAGAGCUUCGUUCGAAAGGACAGUUUCACUUCCCAUCAAAGAAUUCAUACAGGGGAGAAACCUUAUCAUUGCUUGGAAUGUGGAAAGAGCUUCAGUGAAAGCUCCAGUCUCACUGCCCAUCAAAAAAUUCAUACAGGGGAAAAACCCUAUCAGUGCUUGGAAUGUGGAAAGAGCUUCACUUGGAAAAAGUGUUUCACUUCCCAUCAAAGAAUUCAUACAGGGGAGAAACCAUAUCAGUGCUUGGAGUGUGGAAAGAGCUUCAGGAAUUGCUCAGAUUGCAAUUCUCAUCGAAGAAUUCAUACAAGGGGGAAACCUUAUCAGUGCUUGGAGUGUGGAAAGAGCUUCAGCUGGAAACAAAGUUUCGCUUCGCAUAAAAAAAUCCAUACAGGGGAGAAACCAUAUCAGUGUGUGGAAUGUGGAAAGGGAUUCAUUAAUAAUGCGAAACUCACUUCCCAUCAAAGAAUUCAUACAGGGGAGAAACCCUAUCAGUGCAUGGAAUGUGGAAAGAGCUUCACCUGGAAAAUAAGCUUCACUUCCCAUCAAAGAAUUCAUACAGGGGAAAACCCCUAUCAUUGUCUGGAAUGUGGAAAGAGCUUUACCAGGAAAGAAAGUCUCACAGCCCAUCACAAAAUCCAUACAGGGGAGAAACCAUAUCAGUGUGUGGAAUGUGGAAAGAGCUUCAGUCAAAGCAACAAUCUCAUUUCCCAUCAGAGAAUUCACACAGGGUAGAAACCAUUUUAGUGCCAAGAGUGUGAUCGGAGAGAUUUAUGAAAGUCUGGUCUCAUUUUUAAAGAAGAAGAGAAGAGAAGAGUUUGGAUUUGAUAUCCCGCUUUAUCACAUCCCUAAGGAGUCUCAAAGCGGCUCACAAUUUCCUUUCCCUUCCUCCCCCACAACAAACACUCUGUGAGGUGAGUGGGGCUGAGAGACUUCAGAGAAGUGUGACUGGCCCAAGGUCACCCAGCAGCUGCAUGUGGAGGAGCGGAGACGCGAACCCGGUUCACCAUAUUAUGAGUCUACCACUCUUAACCACA